UUAGGCCUCUUGGCAGGAUGACAUAUGCCGCAUAACCUUGUGGUCCUUUUCCAUCAGCCGAACGCUGACCAUCUGCCCCGCAAAUGAAUUCCGGCCAGGUCGCUUAUUCUCCUCGAAACCGUCCCUGUGCACUUGCCAGACGCGUCGGUCGGACUUGACUGUCACAAACCUAACCUCCGUGCGGACGUUUGUCGGUUUAGGCUGGUCGCCUGCCCAAGCUCGAAGGCACUGCCAGGAUGAUCGUGCUAACCACGCGCCUUCGUGUUGCAACUACCGCCGUGGAGAUGCAGUGGAGAAUUAUGUGGACCCCUUCUUCGAUAUAAGAGGUUCUGCAGGAUGGGCUACUGUGCUCCAACAACUCCUGGAUAUUGCACAGUGUGCAAUGGGCUCCAUUCCAGCACCUCUCGCCGUCGACUCGUCCCUCUUCCAUCGCUUUGGCUUUGGCCAACGCGAGCAGCCGCCCUUCCAUUGCGUUCACCACGCGUUCGAGCACCAUGCUCGCAGGGAUGCUCAAGCCAUUGCGGCCAAGCACCUGGGCAACGCCAUCACCUACGGUGAACUCGAUCGCAGAGCGAACGCUUUGGCCCAUCGUCUCCGCGCCAUGGGUGUUCGACCUGGAGCACGCGUAUGUCUCCUCGUACAAAGGUCAAUACCAAUGGUCGUCGGCAUCAUGGCUGUCCUCAAGGCCGGCGGAGCCUAUGUCCCCUUGGACGGCGGCAUCGUCACCGAUUCCACACUGGCCUUCGUGCUCGAGAAUGCAAAGUGCACACUUGUCCUCACCCUCACUGAUUACGUUCACCGCGUCGUGGACUUUCCCUGCGUCAAUCUCGACGAGGAGAUGAAGUCCCAGGGUGGGGACUUCUCGAAGCUUGAGGACCUCUCGUCACCUGAUGACUCUUGCUAUAUCAUCUACACUUCCGGUACGACAGGCACACCAAAGGGUGUCGAAGUCAUGCAUCGCAAUGUAACCAACUUGAUUUGCCUGUCGCCUGGUAAUGUCGAGAUGGCGCCCGGUCGCCAAGUCGCCCAGCUUCUUAACAUUGCUUUUGACAUGGCAGCAUGGGAAACACUGGGCAGUCUUAGCAAUGGUGCUACUCUUUGUAUCCGGGGCAAGAGUUCGAAAGAGUGGCAAGAAGUUCUUUGCAGCGUCGACAUCGUUAUAGCUACACCAAGUAUAAUUGCACGUUACCAUCCUUCGGAUUACCCUAAUAUCAAAGUUCUCGCUACAGCGGGCGAACCGUGCCCUCAAGCCCUCGCAGAUCGCUGGGCGGCGGCCGCGCAUUAUUACAACAGUUGCGGCCCUACUGAAAUCACUAUUGUCAACACUGUCCAGCUGCACAAGGUCGGAGAACCUGUCUCGAUAGGGGCUCCUACCCCCAACAACAAUGUCUACAUUCUUGACGAAAACCUCGAACCGGUUCCUAUAGGCCAGCCUGGAGUCAUGUGGGCAGGCGGCGGAGGUAUCUCUCGCGGCUACGUGGAUUUGCCGGAGAAGACGGCGGAGAGGUACAAGCUGGAUCGAUUUGCAAACGACGGAAGCUUCAUGUUCAACACCGGAGACCUCGGCAGAUGGCGCUCCGAUGGGACCCUAGAACAUUUGGGGCGCGUGGAUGACCAAGUCAAGAUCAAGGGAUUCCGCGUCGAACUUGAUGGAGUGUCCGCAGCCAUGCAGACAUGUCCGCUUGUGAAGGACGCCGUCGCACUUCUGAUUGAUGGAGAACUGUGGGGCUUCGUCACUCCCGCUAAUGUCGGCUUCGAUGCCGUCAGCGAAGCGACCAAGGAAGUGCAGCCGUACUACGCAGUACCCACCAAGUGGUGUGCGCUUGAUGAGUUGCCACAUACGGCCAAUGGCAAGAUCGACAAACGUGCACUCAAGGCUGCCACACUUGCCCCGCUUAUCGAGGAGAAGACGGUCGAGACACCAUCCACAGCAUCAUCAUCGACCGAGAAGGUCGCCAGUGUCGACGCCGCAUUUUAUACCAAGGAUCUCUACGGCAGCAGCACCCCCAAGACGGUCAGCACGCCCUCUAUCCCCCCACCCGUCUACCAGAGCGAGGUCUCGAUUUCGGAGAAGAAGCUUGCUUACGAGCAGCUGCCCGUACUCGAGAAGCAAGGCAAUGUCUGGGAUGGCUACGAGGACGACGAGAUACCGGACAAGACCCAGAGCAAGAUCAUGCGCAACCUACGUCACCAGGUCUUCUCGCUGUACCGCCGACUUUUCGGAAUUGUGUUCGUCGCAAAUAUGGCAGUCCUGAUUGCCACGUUCGCCAGGCCCGGAAGAGCGGACGCCCAACACCUCGGGUUGAUCGUAGUAGCAAAUCUGUUCUGCGCGAUCUUGAUGCGCCAAGACUAUGUCAUCAACAUCUUCUUCACUGUAGCAUGUGCGGCGCCCAUCUCAUGGCCGCUCUUCAUUCGCCGGACCUGCGCUCGUGUCUACCACAUCGGCGGCCUACACUCUGGCUGCGCAAUUAGUGGCCUUGUGUGGCUCAUCGCCUUCACCGUUCAGGCAACCAGAGAACUGCUGGAGAAGGGAAAGACUUCUGUCCCGACCGUCGCGGUCACGUAUUUCAUCUUGGCUCUCCUGAUAGGCAUAGUGCUAUUCGCGUACCCGAAGAACCGUAGCGUACACCACGAUGCAUUUGAGCGAAGCCAUCGCCUCUUGGGAUGGAGCGCUACUGCCCUCGUGUGGUGCCAGCAGGUUGUGCUUCUGACGAACGAUUACAAACAACCUGGUCAAAGCCUCGGCCAUGCUCUAGUCCAUUCGGCGCCCUUCUGGCUUGUCACUGUCAUGACAUGUUCCAUUAUUCUCCCCUGGAUCCGCUUGCGGAAGGUUGAUGUCAGAUCUGUUGUCAUGUCUAAGCAUGCCGUACAGAUGCACUUCGACUAUGGUUCGUCUUCCAUCACCCCUAAGCCCGGGCACUUCGUCCGCCUCUCAGAAUCUCCGCUCUUCGAGUGGCACGGCUUCGCGUGCAUUCCCUCCCCCAAGGAGAAGGGCUUCUCACUCGUGGUGUCCAGGGCUGGCGAUUGGACAAACGACAAGAUUGUGAGCCCACCAAAGCAGAUGUGGGUCCGCGGAGUCCCCUGCUACGGAGUGCUGCGCAUCACGCCUCUGUUCCGCCGCGUCGUUUUUGUGGCGACAGGGAGCGGCAUUGGUCCGUGCGCUCCAUGCAUCUUUGAGCAGCGGCGGCCGAUCAAGCUCCUGUGGACGUCGCCCGACGUGCGUCAGACCUUCGGCGACGAAUUUGUCGACAAGAUUCUCCAGCACUCUCCCGGUGCUGUCAUCUAUGACACUCGCAAGCAUGGCAAACCCAAUAUGGUCAAACUUACGUACCGCUUGGUCAAAGAGUUCAAUGCCGAGGCGGUGUGCAUCAUUUCUAACCAGAAGCUGACGCAGAAGGUGGUGUACGGCAUGACAAGUAGAGGUAUCCCCGCCUUCGGCGCUAUUUGGGACUCAUAGACAUUAAUCAACCUUAUCGGAAUUCAACUUACCGGAGAAGGUGCCCGCUCUACAAGGGCAGGAAUUAUUGCGCGGUAUUGCGCAGUAUUUGAUAUUUAUAUUCUUAUCACUUACAUAGUACUGUAUUGCUAGGCUUUUUGUAUACUCCGUACUAAUGCUGUUCUUAAUAAACGCCUGUCAAGCUUCAGAUC